UUAUCUUACUACAAACAAACAAACAAGAAGAAAAACAAGAAGACUGUUUUCCAUUCAUAUCAGAUCAUCAAAUCAAUGGAAAUACUUGACCGGAAAAUAACCAACUUGCUCGGAGGAGAUGAUCAGUGUGUUAAUGGGUUCAGCUUGAACAUGAAAGAGACUGAGCUCUGUCUUGGCUUGCCGGGAGCAGUAAAAGUCACUGGAAAAAGAGGGUUCUCUGAAACUGUUGAUCUUAAGCUUAAUCUUCAAACCAAUGAAUUAUCAUCAUCCAUGGAUCUGAAAGAUGAUGAUGAUGAUGAUGAUGAUGAUCAGAUGCUUAUGAAACCACCAUCAACAACUCAUGACAAGAAGAAUCUUAAUCUUGUUUCAUCCAAUGAUCAUCAUCAUCAUGCUAAGCCACCGGCCAAGGCACAAGUGGUGGGUUGGCCACCGGUGAGAUCAUACAGAAAGAACGUGAUGACUUCAUCCACCACUACUCAGAUAAAGAGCAAUAUUGGUGUCGAAUUAGAUCAUGAUCAGGUAUCGCCAACGGCGGCGGCAUCGUUCGUGAAAGUUAGCAUGGAUGGAGCGCCAUACCUUCGUAAGGUUGAUUUAAAGAUGUACACUGGUUAUCAACAACUCUCUAAUGCCUUGGCCAAGAUGUUCAGUUCUUUCACUAUGAGUGAAUAUGGGUCCCAAGGAAUGAUUGAUUUCAUGAAUGAGAGUAAGUUGAUAGAUCUCCUCAAUAGUUCUGAGUAUGUUCCUACCUAUGAAGAUAAAGAUGGUGACUGGAUGCUCGUGGGAGAUGUCCCAUGGGAGAUGUUUGUGAAUUCGUGCAAACGCUUGCGCAUAAUGAAGGGAUCUGAAGCUAUCGGACUUGCACCAAGGGCUAUGGAGAAAUGCAAGAGCAGGAGCUGAUAGGGAUGAAAUGAAGGAGGGUGGGGAUGGAAUUUGGAAAGAAGCAAAUUAAGAAGUAUGUUUGGAUGUGUCUGUUGUCUGUACUGUGUACUGUAAUGUUUUCUAAUUAUAUAGUAUAUAAAAGGGAAUGAUGAUCAAAUCAAGAAGAUGAUGAUGAUGAUGAUGUUCAUAUGGACUUUUCAUGUAAUGGACAAGAAGAAACAGAUCAAACUUAGGUAAUAUUUGUUGUCUGCAAUAUGGUUUGCUCAUAAUUGUCAUUAUGACUGUCUUGAUAAAAUCUCAUUUUUAUUCUUGUA